UUAAUAAAAAAGAAGAAGAGAUGAACAUGAAAUAUUAUAUUUUAAUAAUUACGAUAUUCUUUACGAGUUUUAUUAUAGAGAGUCUGAGUGCCGAAAUAUGGAAUGCUGAUUAUGAUAAUAUUAAUUGCCCUAAACAAUGUUUUUGUCAAAAUGCACAUUUUAUGGAUCUAUCAAUAUCAAGAUGGAUAAAUUUUAUGAAUUCAGGAAAUAAUCAAAUGAAUAAAUUAAAUUAUAAAGAAGAAGAUUUGGUUAACAAUAAUGAAGCAUUAUAUGAAGGAGAUGAUUCUUAUUUAACAAAUCCAUUAAUAAAACAAGCAACUUGUAUUUUACAAAGGAACACUGAUCCUAAAGAACUAUUUGAACAAUUACCACAUGAUAUCCAAUCACUUGUAAUAUUAUAUAGUGAAACUAAACAUAAUAUAACAAGUAUUUUUCUUUUGCAUAUUGAAAUCUUUGCAAUAAAAUUAAUAUUUUUGUAUUUUCUUAAUUUUUUAGUUUUAACUAGUUCAUUGAAGCCUUUAAAUCAAUUAUCAACUUUAGAAAUACGAGGACCAGCUGAUCAAAGUUUAAGAUUAUUAAUUGAUGAACCAUUAGAUUUUCUGGUAAAUGCAAAUUUCGAUUCAAUUAAAUUGGAAGGCAGUGAAUUAUUUAAACGACCAAAAAAUCCAAUUCAUCCAAGUGAAAGUUUCAAUUAUGUUCCAAAUAGUGAAAAAAUGGCAACAUAUAAUUUAUCAUUGGAAAUAAUCGAAAAUGAAUAUGAAAUUUUACCAUAUGAGAUUUAUGUAAAAGAAAUGAAAAAAUCACGUAUGCCAUCAUUUUAUAAUUGGAAAAGUUUAGAAAUUUUGAGAAUUUAUAAAUGCCAUUUAGAUGAAUUACAUUGGGAAAUGUUUGAUGGAUUAUCGGAACUACAGCAUUUAUCAUUAGAAGAAAAUGAUAUAAAAAUAAUACCAGCAUUUGCCUUAUAUGGUGCUUUACAUAUUAAAACAUUAUCAUUAGCUCACAAUAAUAUAUUUGAUUUACAUUAUAGAUCAUUGGCUGGAUUAUUAGAUUUAGAAAUUUUAAAUUUGAGUUUUAAUAAUCUUACGAAAUUAUCAGAAUUGACGUUUCCACCUUUCCCAAAAUUAGAAAUCAUAGAUUUUCGCCAUAAUCCAAUACAUUACAUUUUUCCAGCAACAUUUGGAGUUAUGAAUACAACACAAGUUAUAUAUUUAGGGAGUAAUGAUAUGAUGCUCGAAUUGAAUAAUAAUAAACCGUUUGAGUCACUUAAUAUGUUAAAAUAUUUGAAUAUCAAUAACAUUUCUAUAGCAUCCUUAAAUCAGAACAUUUUUAAGAAUUUAAAACAAAUCAAAACUCUAACAGUACAUGGUUAUAUUGGUAAAAUUGAUUUUGAUGCGUUUGUAGAUUUAGAAGAAUUAAAGGAUCUAAAUUUGAGUUAUUGUGGUAUUAAAGAAAUUUCAAUGGAUGCUUUCAUCGGCAGUGUGAAUUUGGAAAUUAUUGAUUUGUCUAAUAAUCAGCUUACCUAUAUUCAACCAGGAACUUUUGAUGAUCAAAUUAAUAUAAUUGAAAUAUAUUUACAAAAUAAUAAAUUAAAAUUUUUACCGUCAAAUUUUUUUAUGAGUUCCACUUUGAAACUUCUUCGCUUAACCGGAAAUCCAUGGAAAUGUUCUUGUGAUAUGAUCUUUUGGGAAAAAAGAAUUACAAACCAAUUUCGAAAUAUGAGAAUAGAAAAGUGUAUAAAAGACUUUAAAACUGAAAAGAUAAUUUCUUGUAAAAAAAUCAAUAGUUACAGUUUUGAUAAUAGACUAUCGCCGAGAUGCCAAAACCUAAAAAAUCGCGGCUUGUACUAUGUUCUUCGUCGAGAUCUACAAUGCGGCAUAAAACAAGACGGUAAAAAAGGUUUAAAACACCUUAAAAAUAAUGAGCAAGAUAAUAAUUUAAAAAAAAAUCAUAAGGAAAAAGUAAAGAAAAAUCGUGAAAAUAACGAAUUUGAAAAAGACGCUAGUAGUAAGAAAAUGCGAAGGAAUAAAUGGAAGAAAAACUCAGAAAAGAGAUCAAAUUCUGGAAAUAAAGGGCAUGUAAAUAGUUUAAAAUAUUUAAGUACACAUAACAAUAACGAAAACGAAUUCGCAAAUAUUUUUGGUAAAAUUGAUGAUUUAAAUUCAUUUAACAAUAUCUAAAAAAAUAAUUUGAAUUAGGUAUUUGCAAUCGGUUUGUUGCUCAAACCUGUUUUAAUCGAAUAUUACUCAUAUCGUCUUUUAAGUUUUAAGAUAGUUAUUUUUAAACUAUAACGAUUAGUAUAAUACUAAA